AUGGGGACAACAAUGUCCAUGGCGCUAACCGUACGGCCUCUCUUUCUUCCUGGAAGUUGUGGAAUUUCUGGGAGUAGAAGCAUAUGCAAGAAGAAUCACCAUUUGGUUGGUUUCAAUUUGCGAAACCAUCUUGAGAAACCCAAAGGAGCUUCUUCCAUUUGUUGCUCAUUGAGUACAGAGAAGGAUCCUCUCUUACCUUCUAUACAACAGUUAGCCGAUGCUCGUCUCAUCUAUAGUGUAUCUGCAGCAUUGGGUCAUAACAAGGAAUCACAUCCUGAAUGCAGCGCAAGAGUUCCUGCCAUUGUUACAGCACUUGACAAGAAUUUCCGUGGCUCAGAGAUUCUUGAACUCGCAAAUUUUAAGUCUGCCACUAUAGAAGAUAUUGCAAAUGUUCACGAUAAGGCUUAUGUCUAUGGCCUGGAGAAGGCAAUGGAUGAAGCUUCAGCGUCAGGACUAAUUUUCAUAGAAGGUUCUGGGCCAACAUAUGCCACUUCAACUACAUUCCAAGAUUCACUUUUCGCAGCAGGAGCUGGAAUGGCUUUAGUUGAUUCAGUGGUGAUGUCUCGUCUCACCGCAUUUCUUAGCAACGUGAUGGAUUAUAUGCAUCAGGUCGCAGCAUCCAGAAACACCCUUGACCCUCCCACUGGCUUUGCAUUGAUAAGACCUCCAGGACACCACGCCGUGCCGAAAGGUCCAAUGGGGUUCUGCGUUUUUGGUAAUGUGGCAAUCGCAGCUCGUCAUGCACAACGAGCACAUGGUCUGAAGCGUGUCUUCAUAAUUGACUUCGAUGUUCACCAUGGGAAUGGCACAAAUGAUGCAUUUUACGAUGACCCUGAUAUAUUCUUUUUGUCAACUCAUCAGGAUGGAAGCUAUCCUGGAACAGGGAAAAUCAGUGACAUAGGCAAAGGAAAAGGUGAAGGUACCACUCUUAAUUUACCUUUACCUGGAGGAUCAGGUGAUAUUGCAAUGAGAAGUGCUUUUGAAGAAAUCAUUGUUCCAUGUGUGCAACGUUUCAAGCCAGAUCUUAUUCUUGUUUCUGCUGGAUAUGAUGCUCAUGUCCUGGAUCCACUAGCAAAUCUACAGUUCACGACCGGAACAUACUACUCAUUGGCGAAAGAUAUAAAGCGGUUAGCGAAAGAAGUAUGCGGAGGGCGUUGUGUGUUCUUCUUGGAAGGAGGAUACAAUCUUGAAUCACUUUCAUCAUCUGUGGCAGACUCGUUUCGAGCAUUGCUUGGGGAAGAAAGCUUGGCAUCAGAGUUUGAUAACCCAGCUUACUUGUAUGAUGAGCCCAUGAGAAAGGUGCGAGCUGCAAUUGAUAGAGCCAAAAGCAUCCAUUGCUUAUAA